UAUUCUACUUCUUCUUUCUGGCUCCUUAUCCUCACUCUCACUAUCUGCUCUCCACUCUAAAACCCCUUCUCUCUUUAGACAUGAAUUCUGCAACUGUCUCUCUCUCUAAAACCUUGGCUAUAUCAGACUCAUGUCGACUCUCUGUCCAAUCCCUCUUCACCACUAAAACUCCAUACCCAUUUCUCUCUAUCCCUUCCAAACCCCCAAAGCUCCAUUUUUCAUGCUCUUCUUCUUCGCUCUUAUCUAUCAAGAAGAAGCCUCACUCAUCUUCCUUGGUCACCUUCGUAGCCCAGACCUCCGAUUGGGCUCAACAAGAAGGAGACAACGCCACAGCUACCAUUGACGAACUAAGCGCCGACGAGACCGAAGCUCGUGUUUCCGAUUGGGAAGGCGAAGACGCCGCUGUCGAAAGCGACGAAGGUGAGGAAGCUGGGGUUUUUAAGGAGAGGGAGGAAGAAUCUUUUGAAGAACCCCCUGAGGAAGCCAAGCUUUUUGUUGGGAAUUUGUCUUUCAAUGUCGAUAGUCAAAACUUGGCUAUGCUCUUUGAAAAAGCUGGAGUUGUGGAGAUUUGUGAGGUUAUUUACAACAGGGAAACUGAUCAGAGUCGUGGGUUUGGAUUUGUGACAAUGAGUACGGUUGAAGAAGCUGAGAAUGCUGUUAAGAUGUUCAAUCAAUAUAAUUUGGAAGGAAGACUCUUGACUGUAAAUAAAGCAUCUCCAAGAGGAUCACGCCCAGAGCGUGCCCCAAGAGCAUUUGAACCUGCUUUCAGAAUCUAUGUUGGAAACCUUCCAUGGGAUUUCGACAAUGAUCGCCUACAUGAGACUUUCAGUGAACAUGGUAAGGUAGUUGACGCUCGGGUAGUUUUCGACAGAGAAACUGGCCGCUCACGUGGUUUUGGCUUUGUAACAAUGGCCAGUGAAGCUGAAAUGAAUGAUGCUAUUGCUGCUUUAGAUGGACAGACUGUGCUUGGUAGGUCAAUCAGGGUAAAUGUUGCAGAGGAGAGACCAAGGCGCUCGUUUUGAGCUUGAGCUGUGAUGAAUUCAGAAACUAUUUUUUUUUUGGUUUUCAUGUCAUUUAUAUUCACUUUUUCUUAGGUUUGAUUUUGAAUAUUAGUCUAAACAUUUUGGCAGCCAUUUUAUCAGUGAGAUUUAAUGUUUUACCGGUAUAAUUUAAGUUAUUUGACUCCAUAAGCUCUAUCUAUGUCUAAUGUAUAUCACUAUUCUUUUCGUUAAGAAGUGGAAUAGUGAUAGGUUAUGUUUUGUAUUCUAUCAAAGGUCAUAAUUGCCGUCC